AUCAAUCAAUCGCAUACGCUAACAACUAUUCACCAUGUCUUCUUACGGAUUUGUCAAGAUUUCUCGUGAUGUCGCCCAAGCCAUCCCUAAUCCUAAACCACCAACUCCUCAAACCAACGUUGAUCUCCCACAAACUAAAUUUGCUGAAUUUGUGUAUAAUUAUGCCAAGGAAAAGCUUCCACCCAAGGUGUUCAACCAUUCUCUCAGGGUGUACUUUUAUUCCCUUGCAAUUAUCAAGGAUCAAUUUCCUGAAUGGGAUUUAGAUCCAGAGGUCAUUUACGUAACUAGUCUUUUGCACGAUAUUGGAACCACCGAUGAAAAUAUGCAUGCCACAAAAUUGUCAUUUGAAUCAUAUGGUGGUAUAAUCUCCAGAGAAUUAGUGUUGUCCGCCAACGGCAAUAAGGACUAUGCUGAUGCCGUGUGUGAAGCAAUUAUUAGACAUCAAGAUUUAGGCGAAUCCGGGUAUAUUACCACUUUGGGUUUAAUCUUGCAAAUUUCUACCAUUUUGGAUAAUGUUGGCUUGAACACCCAUUUGAUCCAUGAAGACACCUUGAAUGCCGUCAACAAACAGUUUUCUCGUGAUGGCUGGUUGGAUUGUUUUAGUGCCGCCAUCGACAGAGAAAAUGAAUUAAAGCCAUGGGGCCACACCAGUGCUUUGGGAGUAGACAAGUUUAGAGAUGACGUCCAGGCCAACAAGGUCAAAUACGUCAAAUUGUAGAAUCUAAAUAGCUAAUACACAAUUUGCAGUCU